AGUCAGUCGCUUCAAAGAGCUCGAUUCGUGCGGACAUAGGAGGAGAUAAAGCGUGGUCUGUGGCACGUAAUUAACGAAGAAGAGAGUUAAGAAGAUUCAACGUCGCGUCGAAGGUGAACACGCAGUUAAAACCCAAAAACAAACGCAACGCAGCCAAUUGUGAUACGAAAAAUAAGUAAAUCGGCAGACAAUCAACAAAAACAAUAAAAGCAAAGCCUACACACAGGCGUAGGCGUCUAGCCAACAGCUGUUUUUCGUGCGCGCUCCGUAUUCAGCAUACUCGCUGCGCUUACAAACGUCGGCAGAGACCGCGGCAGAGAAGCAAGCGGCGGCAGCAAAACUACAAAGCAGAAACUACAAUUCAGAUCGCGUUUUUCUUCGGAGUGGAUGAGACGUUCGUUCGGCAGUUCUAUUGCGCAUAGAACUAACAAGUUACCUACUCCGCGAACUCACCCCCGCGAGAAAAGAACAGAACAGAGCAUAACCGAAUGGAAAGAAGACAAGGAGUAGCUAAAAAGCAACGGUUAAGUUAGCCAGCAAAAACGGGCAAAAAGACUGAAAACACACGUGGAUUGUUCACUCACCCCGACACGCGCACCCACUCGCACUCACACUCACCCAGCAGCUCCAACUGUUCGCUGCAUUUAUGUAAAACCAAACAAAGACUGACUAAAACGCUAAUAAAUAUACAAUAAACGUAACGAAACAAAGUUAAACACGCGAACAGCAGCUAAUAUUAUACGGGUUAAAGCGAAUUCCAAAGCAAAGCAAACACACAUAUGGAUUAAGGUUCCUCCUAUCUCAAAACACAAAAACAAAAGCAACAACCAACUCACGGAUUACCUGCAGCGGCAAAUUUACCGUUAGCCGCUCUUUUUGGAUUACCAGUGCCAAUAAAACCACAAAAGUGAAUUUUUUCGAAAGUGAAGAAAGCGAAAAACAUCCGCAAAAUGAUAAAAAUCUAAAUCUAAGUAAAUAAGCAAACCAAAAGCGAAUUCUGUGUUACCGAAACGAGAGCAAAAGCUAAAAGAUCCCCUGAAUACAGCAAUGACGAUGGCCGCCUGUUAUGCCAACUACGACAUGUCGUCCCUGUCGCACGGCAUGUCGGCCCUGUCCGCCCUGCAGCAGCAACAGCAGCAGCAACAGCAGCAGCACAGCCAGACGCAGCAGCAGCAUCAUCACCAGCAGCAGCAGCAACACAUGUACCACGCCGCCGUGGCUGCCCACCAGCAGCAGUUGCUGCAACAGCAGCAGCAGCAGCAACACCACCGCCAUCACCACCAGCCCGCCAACACCAGCAGCAGCAGCAACUCGCGCCACAGCCAUGCGGCGGCGACCCAAACGCAGGUCGCCGCCGCGGUUGCCAACAGCAGACAACAACAACAACAGCAACAACAGCAGCAACAGCAGCAGCAGCAGCAGCAGACUGCCAGCAGCAACAGCAACGCAGCCCCCGCUCCAUCGCCGCAGAAGGACUACAGCAUCCCGCUGCACGUGGACUGCAGCGUGGAGUACGAGCUGCCCAACCAGCCCAAGCCGCCGGCGGGCCAGAGAGUGGAGCCCCUGCUGAUGAUCCACCCGUGCUACUUCCGCAAGAUGGAGUCGCAGCGGCGCAGCCCGUUCGUGAACAACAUGCAUGCGACCGCGCGGGCGGUGAGCAGCAGCUCGCUGAGCAGCGGAGCGGCCCUGGGCGGAGGCGGAAGCGGUGCGGCGGUGGCCACGGCGCCCAGCAGUAGUGCCGCGCGGCGUGGAGCCCGGGCGGCUACGAGCGCCCAGCAGCAGCAACAACAGCAGCAACGCUACCAACAGCAACAGCAGCAACUGCGGCAACAGCACCAGCAGAUGUCGCAGAUGUCGCAGCAGGCCCACUAUCCCCAGCAACAGUCUAGUCUGGUCCGCCAGCACCAGCAGCAGCAACAGCAGCAGCAGCAGCAGCAACGUGCCAGCAGCAACCAAAGCCAACGCCAAAGCCAAAGUCAGAGCCAGAGCCAGAGCCAUGCAGCCAACUCAGCGGCGGCAGCUGCGGCCCAGGCCUCGAUAGCCGCCGCAGCCGCCGGCCAGUGGGAUCAACUGGCUGCGCUGGCCGCCCGCACCGCCCUCACGCCGCACCACAUGCUGCAUCCCCACAGCCACUACGCGGCCAAGGGUAGUGGCGGCGGAGCAGGGGGCGGGAAGCGGGACGCCAUGAUCUCCGGCAGCUACGGACAGACGGCGGUCGCCUCGGGGAAGCUGCAACAGUCGCAGGUGCAGCAGCAGCAGCCACAGCAGCAACAGCAACACUGCCUGCCUCCGCCGCCGUGGGACGCGACGUCCAUGCUGAUGGACCGCUCGCCGAUGGCCACAGUUCCUAGCAAUUAUCAGGCCGGCCCUGACACCAAUCCCAUGCGCCUCUACUCGGCCACGCCCACCGCCGGAGCGGCCUCGGGCGGGUCGGCGUCGGUGGGCGGAGGCGGGGCGGUGAGUGGUGCGGGGGCGACGGGAGCAGUGAACACGGCCACCGACAAGUUGAGCGGAAAGUACCGCCAGUACUUGCGGUCCCAGCGGAUGCACCCGUACGCGGCGGCCGCCUCGCUCAACUUGGCAGCCGCCGCCGCUGCCGCCGGCCAGACCUCGUUUGUGCCGUUCAGUUCGGCGGCCACGGCGGUGGCGGCCACGCCCACAUUCCAGCACCUGCCGCAGAUCUCCUGCUACAACGUGUGAUGCAGCACCAGCAGCAACCAGGACAACGGCAACAUCAGCAGCAGCAACAGCAACUUGCAACACAUGAGACAGGCGCCUACCAAGUACGCGUCGAUGAAAUAGCCGCCUCAAGGAAUAAUUAAUAGAUCCUCCCCUAAAACAGUACUAUAUAUACACACCCAUCAAAGCUUUUAGAAUCAAAAGUAAUUAACUCUAAAAAUAUUAAGAGAUGAAACAAAAUUCUGUCUAGCUGCUAUGAGAAAUUGUUGUCCGACGGUGAGAAAAGAGGAAAUGAGCGAUCUUUUUUUCUUUUAGUAAUGGUAGUAAUUGAUAAACGAUACAAAAACAAACAACAACAAAAAAAAAAAAUGCAAACUAUUGUAGUGAUAUUUGUUAUAAAAUAAUUUUAGUAAUUAAUUUAAUUUAAAUUAAACAACCAACAAGAAACAACAGCAACCGCUCUGUGUAAGCCAACCACAUAAACAAUAACAACUGCAACAACGGCAAAAACAAGAACUGCAACAACAACAACAACGGCAGCAACAUUAAACAAAACAAUUGCUAAAAGUUACACAUACGCAUAUUUAAUUACAAAUCAGCAAAAUGUUACAACAACCAUUUACCGAAAGAAUACGAAAAUAUGAAAGGAAAAUUAUUACCAAACGAUGGAGAGAGAAGAGUAAAGCAGAAAAAAGCAACACAAAAAAUACGAAUAAAAAUUAUUCAAAAUUAUGCAACGUAAUUUGAAGCGAGAUAUGCAAAAAUUAAGUAAAUUGUGUUUUCAAUUAACGUAGCGAGCAAGAAAAGCAUAGUUCAAGUGAUUUGGCCGCGGCAAGGAAAACUCCCCUUGCCGUCGGCUUUUGUGGCCAACUUUUCACACUUCCCACCACCACCGACCGACUAACUCCUCUUUCUGUUCGCCUUGAUUCGAUUUUCAUCUUCGCUCCCUUUGUUUCCUCAUUCUGCUCCGCCUCAUGGCCUCCUCCUCUGCGGUGAGCCGUGAUUGAUUAUUGUCAUUGAUGGAGGACCGGGCAGCGGGUUGGGGUGACCUCGGCGCACAGCACAGGGGUCCCUCGCUAAUGGCAAACCGUUGAGCUGAGACGAAUUUCGAAAACUUACAGGGCUCCGAUUUAUGGCUAGACAUGAGGACGUCUCUUGAAAUUUCACUAUUAAUAUCUUAUACUUAGAUACUUAUAUACUAUUUAAUGUAUUUGAGCCAGCUGUUGAAGGACUAAAUCUGGCAACACACUACGAUAUCGAGAGAUGUUGAUUUCCACUCUAUGUACAUAUAUGUGUUCCACGACGUCGGUUAUUUCGCUUUUACGCCUUUGUUUUCGAUUAGAAGUUUAAAUACGUUCUUGUUCACGCCACCAGCGGCCUCACUGUACUUACCUUUCAAAGACCAGCAUUCUCGAAGUUCAUUCGUUACAGUGAUAUAACCGAACUGCCUUUGCCUUCAGUGCUUACGGCUCUAAUUUUGGUCUUUGUUGCGAGGUGAAAACGCAGCAAAAUCUAAUGGUUUCGAGUGGCCAGGAAACGCGAGAUGUUAUCAGCUGAAAUUGUUUUUGCUCGCCCCCAAGGUCCCUCGGGAAAGUGUGUGCUUUCAUUACUGAUUGCAUGUCGAGGCGAUUGGCGCGGUUCCAUGGGAGUUGCUGGGUUCCGGAAAGCAAAUAGCUGAGUAAUUUAUGCAUGGGCAGGAAAACCCGCUGAGGAUUCAGCGCGCCAUUAAGCCAAUCGUCGAAUUAAUUAAGCCAAAAAAGAGUUUUCAACUGAAAUGAACGACAUCCGCUGCCGGGGGACCGGCACUGACUCAUCUGUCCGCUUUAGGCUGCCCUACAUCCAAACAAGUCCGACUCUACUCCACGACCAUGCGGUCGCAAUCCACUCGAGAUUCAAGAAAGAAAAGACUUUAGUCCAAUUGCAGAACGACGGAACCAUUGCAGGAAUUUGUGGGACCAGUUUAGACGCAUCGGUUAGUCGAAGAAAUGGCCAGACCACAUAUUAAUCCAUAACUUAUUCAACAUACAAGUCAUUUCAUUAGGAAAAACAUUAUUUAGGGGAGCUUGACUUUUAUUCAUCUGCUGUGAAUUGCAUUUAACACAUAAAUGAAUCUGAUUUAGAGCACAUUUGUAUUUCUCCAUCCUUCGUGGAAGCCCAUUCAACAGCAUCUGUUGCAAGAAACCUUAGAAAUCACUCUCCACUGGGCACUUUCCAUAUAUAGUAGUCCCGCUUGCACGCCCAAUCUAAACAAGCCACUGCUUCCUGAAUGGUGCCGCACUCUCCGCGGGAUUCAUCUAUUCACUUAUUCAAUUCAUAUUAAAUUGGUCGUAGAUUAGAGACGGAAAAAUAUUUCAAUUGCCGCCGGCGGCAUUCACACAAGUGUAAUUAAAAUAUACUGGAGAUCGGAUCCAGCUCCAGCUGAAAGCGUCGGUUGUUUGUUUUCAUUUCGUUUGAGCAAUCAACUAUCAGCUGCUGGGGCCAUUUGCAUGCGGCUGGGUGAGUGAUGGCCCCUGUAACCCACCGCCCCACCGCCCCAAUUCGAAUGCGAGGUCAUCGCCAUUGUCGUCACUCAUCCGCCCCGUUGCCGCGUUAGGCAGGUGCCGCUCAGCUCGGAUCGUCUCGUCUCGUCUGGGAUUACUAAGCUGCACUUUGGAUUCACACUCGUAUCUGAUGUGAUUACUGUUCCAUGUGUGGGCAUCGCAGAUAAUGGCCAGUCCCUCGAGUUCCAAACUAGAGUGCUUUCGUUACUCGACAAAUUUCCCCAUGUCUGAAAAUGAGCUCAGUGAUCAAGUGGUUACUUCGAGGGCUGUUAGUUUUGUGGUUUUUUUUUUUUUUUUUUUUUUUUGUGGAUUAUCUUACUGCAGGGAUUGUGGUACCCGCCUAGAUUCCCCAGUUAGUUUUUCAACAAAUUCGGACUACGUCCAAGACAAUGUAGCAAAUGGGUACAAUUUGAGAUUGGAAUAAUAGGAGCAUACUUAAUUGCCAUUGCAUAAUAUAAUUACGAAGGAACACUUUAACUCGCAAAUGGAUGGUUAUAGUCGGGAGCCUCGAUUUCCCUAUCAGCAAUUCCCACAUACAGAUUUAAUUAGAGCUUAAAAAACAAUUCGAAUGAAUACCACUUAAGAGUUAGCAGGUGACUCAAUUGACUCGGCGCUGUGAAACGCGAGUUCCAUGUCCAUAUUCGAUUAGCCGCUUAGUCCGACUGAAUGCAGGCCUUUUGGAGCGGGAUAGGUCAACUAAAAGGUUUUCUCCUUUAAUUGACUUCAUUUGGUAGUGUUUUUUUUUCUUUUUUUUUGCCGACGGGCGGGAAACAGCUGCCAUUUAAAAGUCAUCAACGGAUAAAUAAACCCAAACCGAAUCGGCGGAAGAAAAACAUGCAAAUAAAAGGCAUGAAAAACAGAAGCACCCAGUUGCAAGAGUGGUUUACUUUUAAAUUCCACUCGUACUGCUACACAAAAGUAACCAAACUGCUCGAACCAAAAUGACGCAAAGCGCAUCAAACGAAGUCCGCGCCGGGCAUAAAAAGAGUAACCCAAAACCAAGUGGUAGCGGCGUCGACGGUUGUCAAGCGCCGAAAAUAAAUAUAAAAUAAUUCGGGGCAGAAACUCAGCGUCGGAAGCUGUCUAACCAAACAUUGUCUGGGUCGUGGGCGGGGGCGCUGAUGGGCGUGGCAGGCGGCUAAGUGGCAGCCACAAAAGAAGCAAAAAAAAAGUGGAAAAAGCGGAGGACACUCGCGUUGAGGCUGGUCAUAAAGCUGAUAGAAUGGAGGAGACUCCACACCACUCCACUCCACACCACUCCACUCCCAGACUUCAGACCUCAGAUGCUUCGGAGACCCCGGACUCCGAUUUCAGAGCCGGGCAACCGGUUUUGUCGUCAUCGCGUUUUUAUGCCGCUUUUUUGGGUCAAACUCAAUCUGCUGCCAAGCGCGCUACAUCAUUUCUGACAUAAUUAAAACAUUUUUAGCGGGCACAAGCAGAAAGAGGAGGGAAAUACAGAAAAAAAAGUCAUUUAAAUAUUUUCUAGGCUUUCGGUAAUUAUCAUGCCUGUUUCCCAGCGCGCUGAUAGCUACAGUCAUAAUUUAAGUGUAAAAGUAAAUAUAUGUAUAUGCAUACAUACCUAUUUAUGUCAAAUGAUGGGGCGCAAGAAGGGAGUUGGGGAGGUUCGCCAGCGACAGUAUUAAUAAGCUUUAAUUAAAAAUAUAACAGAUCAGAUAAAAACGAAUGCAAAUAUACGUAUGUAUUAAAUUGUCAGGCGGUAGCUGUAACUAAUUAGCAUUAUUCAUAUGCAUGAAUGAAUGCGCAGCGCGGAGUGAAAUAGACGGCGGGAUUUGAGCAGCGGCUUUAAAUAAAUUAAAAAAUAAAAUAUUAAUUAAAAAGGCAAAUUAAUGGCACUUAAUUGACCCGCUCUCUCCACUUCCCCCUGCGUGCUGACGACUCUACAAGCCAAAUACGAAAUUAUACGAAUUAUUGUGCGCGGAAAUAUGCAAAUGCCAAGCCCAAAAACAGCUUACCAAACUAUAAAUAAUUAAGCUCACAAAAUGGGAAUUUCGAAUCUUUCCAUCCCCGCUUAGUCGGUGGUAGACUUUAGCUGAAUUGCGCUGAGUCAGCGGACUCGAUGAUGUCAAAAGCGAUUUGUCAUUGAUUUCUAAUUCCAUAUUACGCGUAUAGGCGAUAGGCAUUUGGCCUGGGGCUCACAUAAUCCCGCCUAAACCUCCAUUUUAGCGCAAUUGUAAAAGCUUUUGGCUGGCCCAGAAGUAGCUAAAAAGUCAUUGCGAGCCGCAACCAAAUCACUUGGCCGCCUUCGAACUGGCCAAGGGAGCAGGAGGAGGAGGCAGUUGGCAACAGAGAGGAAGGUCAAAUGGCUUUCAAGCGGCAUUAAGCCUAUAAAACACGAAAGCCAACUUGAACUACAAACUUUAGACUUGGCCAAGCGACAAGCAAACAUGACAACGUGUAAAACUAGUUAGCUAGCGCAAAAUAUCUAAAGAUAAACAACUCAAAAGCACUUACACACACAGAAAACAAUUAAAAGCAUUAACGCUUACAGCUGCCUAAGUGCAGCGCCACCUCGGUACAGUGUGUUUCAAGGCUGUAGGGCCGCUUUACUGGCCGGCCAUUGCUGCGAGCUCCAAGUAAAACGCCCCUACAGCAAUCGGCCAUCCUACUUUGUAUACCCUGUAAUUAAACUAUUCAUUUUCUUCUCAUUUCAUUUCGAAACGCACUGUUCCGCCUUGAUUUCCAUGCGCCAGAUAUGAUUGGAAGUGCAUGGCGGGAGGAGCGGUACAUAAGGAAAACUAUUAGGUAAACCCAACUCGAAAGACAAUGUAACAGUUGAAGCUAUGAAUUAGAUGGCAAGCCUCGUGAGUUGGCGCAGAUUGUACAUAUAGGGGGCAAGUGGUUCGGGGGAAGAAGCCAUUCGACGUGUCUGGGUAGUUAAACUCCACUCAACUUCACUCCACUCGAAACUGGGUCUCAGACGAGACACGAACGGACCCAAAUAAAUGGGGAACGAGCUGCCAUCACACACACGUACGAAUACAAAUAUAUAUUUAACUACGCUAAGUACAUAAACUUGCAUUAGCCAACCGUAUUGUGACUUACAAAAAACAAAUCGAUAUCCAAAAACAAAAGCCAGCGAGUAAGCGAAAUUAGCCAGCUAAACAAAUUGAUACAAAGAUCUAUAUAGCAUACCAUACCAUAUUCGCCUGUACCGCAGCGUAACCACUAUCUAGGCCAUCAGCAAAUUAAAUAUGUACCGUAAUACAAUAAAUAUGCAAUCCAUCCGAUAUUUGGUGGGGAUGGGGUGGCUAGCCGUAGCUGCAAAAUCCGAUUACCUAUGAAUGUGAAGGGACAACAGUUUUCACACAUAUUUAGAUCUAUGUACAAUAUAUUUACUCUGCUGUGAACACAACUACUUGCCACUUAAUUCACUGGAAGUCCCCAUUAUCCGCUCAGCACUUCCGCUGCUUUUGACCGCCGCCAAGUAUGGUUAGCAUAGGAUAUAAUCUGCCCAACUGCCAAGACAUCGACUCUCCAAGCCAGGCAAAUUUGUUAAGUUAGAGCACAAUUUCAUGGCAUUAUGAUCGGACUUAAGUUGUCUCAGUUUUCGCGUUGCGUGUGUAGAUAUUUAAUGAGCGACUUUUAUUGUUUCCCGGCAGGUAUCAUACAUAUGUGUGUUUCAAUGUGAUAGUAGUUUUAUUCAUAAUUAUUGCGCAUCGUACUUUGAAUAAUGUACGAAAUCCAACUACAAGCUCGAACAAGAUGACGAGCCAUUUUUUUUUUGCACAGCACAGACAACGCUAGUUGAACAUUUGCAUUAAUUAUGAUAUGUUGUAGGCACCCAAACAACUCACAUCAUAGCCUCUAAUAGAUAUUAACGUUUCAGUUCAUGUAAAUUAUUUAGAUCGAAUGGAGAACCCAAAAAAGAAAAACAACUUAUAAAUAUAUAAUACUGCGAUGUAAAGCUGUAGAGUGGAAUAAAUUUGUAGCAUAUUAUGGAUAUAAAGGAAUUAUAAUAAUACUGGGCUGCAUGCGUAAGAAAAACCCAAAGAACAACUGAACCGAACACAAUAAAUAUGCAAAUUAAUUGAAUAUUAAUUUGAGCAACUUGAAU